GAAACCAAACAUUUUCUGGAAUCACGGCGUAAAUGCGGUUAUGGACGUUUGAUAGAAUUGAACCAUCUUCCGGAACCGAAUACUACUUUCUUAAUACAUCAAGCAGAAGCGACUCAAGCAGGAGAAGAGGAAGAUACUGAAGAGGAUCGCAUAGCUCAUUGGAGAAACGCGGAAUAUCAGAGAGAUCUGCAGACCCAUCGCUAUACAGACACCCAUGUGGAGGUAAUAGAAGCAACUGAAGACACCGAGCAACUGGCCGUGGAAGAGGCCGAGCACACAAUGCCCAACGAACAGGAGAAUCCAGAAACCAAACCGCUUAACAAUAAUAAUAACAAUGGCAGCAAUGGCAGUGGAACUGGGAGUGGAAAGAGCGCACAAAGUAAACCAAAAAUACAACCAAAGUAUCGCAUCCAUCGAGAUGUCCUCACACAAGAAGUGGUCAUCAAGGAGACGGGCUAUGCGGCCAGAGACAAGAGUAUUCCCUCCUCGCUGCUCAAUUGCUGGCGCGGUUGGAACUUCUUCGCACUGUUCACCGGCAUCAUACCCAUCCUACAGUGGCUGCCACAGUAUUCGCCGCGACGUGAUCUCAUCGGUGAUAUCAUAGCCGGCUUUACGGUUGCCAUCAUGAAUAUACCGCACGGCAUUGCCUACGGUAUUUUGGCCGGCGUCUCUGCGGGAAAUGGUCUCUACAUGGCCGUGUUUCCGGUGCUGGUUUAUAUGCUGCUCGGCACCUCGAAGCACAUAUCCAUUGGCACCUUUGCCGUGGCCAGCAUGAUGACCCAAAAGGUGGUGCAAUCCUAUGCCAACUUUGAUCCAAAUGCAGUUAAUGCAACGAUAGUGGCAACAACAGUAUCGCCCCUCGCAUUGCUUGCCACAACAACAACAACGACGACGACAGCAUUGCCGUUGUCACUGAUUGUGGAAACAACUGCAGAGGGUGCAACAACAGCUGCAACGUUGCUGCUGCAGAAUGCGACGACAACAAUGUUGCCACAUCCAGCAAACGUCAUCACCACCCUGGAGGUGGUCACAGCUCUAGCUUUUACCGUGGGCAUUAUCAAUCUGCUCAUGUCCUUCUUCAGGCUGGGCACACUGGCCUCACUGCUGAGCGAGCCUCUGGUAAAUGGCUUCACUACAGCAGCUGCCUGUCACGUGGUCACCGCACAGUUAAAGGAUGUGCUAGGAGUUACUGUGCCGCCCAAGAAGUCAGCCUUCAAAAUCGUGUUAACUAUCAUCGAUGUGGUGGAAUUGAUACCGAAAACGAAUCUUGUCAACUUUGGCAUCUGCAUCACCAUCAUCAUCUUCAUGACCGUUUGCAACGAAUGCCUUAAACCAUGUCUAAGCAAACGCUGUCGCUUCCCAUUUCCCGGUGAACUAAUCGCCAUCAUUGGUGGUACUUUAAUUUCGAAAUUGUGUGGCUUGGAAGAGAACUUUCACAUAAAACCCGUGGGCGAUAUUCCCAAUAGUCUGCCAACUCCUGAAUUUCCACGUAUGGAUCUAGUGCCAAUGGUGGCUGUCGAUGCUAUUGCGAUUGCCAUUGUCACGUACUCGAUCAUCAUGUCCAUGGGCUUGACAUUUGCCAAGAAACACAACUACGAGGUGCGUGCAAAUCAGGAACUCUUUGCCAUGGGCGUGGGUAAUAUGGUGGGCGGCUGUUUCUCCUGCAUUCCCAUGGCGUGCUCUCUAUCCCGUUCGGUUAUACAGGAUCAAACGGGCGGCGUCUCGCAGAUUGCUUCCCUAGUGUCUGCCUCGCUGGUAGUGGCGACUAUCAUGUGGGUUGGACCGUUCUUCAGUGAUUUACCAAGGUGCGUGUUGGCUGGCGUCAUUAUUGUGGCGCUGAAGCCGAUGUUUAUGCAGGUGAAGGAACUGAAAAAGUUCUCCAAACAAGGCAAACUGGAAAUGUUUACCUGGAUAUCCACGUUCCUCUGUGUGGUGCUCAUCGAUAUCGAUGUUGGUCUGCUAAUUGGUGUUUGUGUGUCCCUUUUGGCGCUGUAUAUUAAAGGACUGAAACCCUACUCCUGCCUGCUCGGCUACAUGCCAGAGGCGCCUGGCAUCUACAUGGACAUGACGCAGCAUCGCAAUGUGAUGCAAGUGCCGGACACGCGCAUCUUUAGGUAUUGUGGCUCGCUCAAUUUCGCCACCAGCCUGUUCUUCCGUCGCGCUCUUAACGAAGCUGUUGGUCUGGACAAGAAUAGCAGCACUAAAACAGUCAAGACAAAGACCACCUAUGCGCAGGUGGCACAAAAUGGUGGCAAGUCCUUCGAUGGACAGUUCGUGGAGGCUUCAAACUCGUUUCAGUUUCUCAUACUGGACUUCUCGAUGCUGGGCCACAUCGAUGUGGCCGGCUGCGGUACGCUUAGUGAUAUAACCAGGGAACUGAAGACGCGCGGUGCUCGUCUACUGCUGGCCAGUCCCGUGGAUCGCGUGUACGACACUCUGAUGCACAGCAUGGCCCUCAGCGAGGGUCCAUUCGAGAUCUUUCCGACGCUUCACGAUGCCGUGGAAUAUGCGAAUGCCUAUCGCACGGCGUGAGAUUCAUAAUAAUGUGAUAGCAGCAACUUGUGGAUUGUAACACCAAACUUAUAACGUUAACCAACUAAGCUUUAAGUUUCCUUUUCAAGUUCGUUGCCGUCUUGCAAUCGUUCGAGAUUUAGGCUAAGUUCGUUUAAGUGCCCUAAAACGAUUGAUCCUGAGAUCAUCGGACUGUUACCUAUUACCAAAAUGCCAGAUACAAUAAUAUUUUGUACUUAAAGCAAAACAAUUGGGCCCCAACCCCCCCCUUAUAUCCCUAGUGGAGGGGGGUGCGUGGCGUUUAGUACCUAGAACUAUGCACCGCCGAUCAACUAAAAAGAAAA